CAACGGAUCUUAGCUGUCAUUCAAUAAGAUUGUCUUGUCUUUGGGCAGUUAAGCCUUCCAACUUGCGCGAAAUUCUGCAUCCCCAAGUGCAAAGUGCCCGUAGCCCACGUCGUUAAGCCAACACACAUGUGCGUGUUGGAGUAAAUUUUCCCCCGCAUCCAGUCACCUUGAACACAAAUAGGACGGAAAACAUAAUCCGUAGUCACAUCUUUGUUCCCUUUCCAGUCCUUGUGUAAACACACUGACUGCAUCUCCAACUAUGGCGACCCUUUCGUGCGUAGAAGGGCUUGAACAGCAGUAUCCGCCACAAAUGCAGCUAGAACUUGUUCACGUAUUCUUUCGCCACGGAGAGCGGACGCCAAAUGCAACCCGUUUCCAAAACGCGGGUGGUCAAACAGACUGGCCUUUCAACCAAAACGCGACGACCCCGAACGCGCUUUUCCACGGCACUGGACCAAAGCUGAUCCCAAUCAAUGAUGAGGUUGGGAAACUAUCACUCCCAGACGGCGGACGUUCUAUUUACUGUGCACAUGGCGAGUUGACAGACUCAGGACGAAUCACUGCGAUGAAGCUUGGACGUCAACUCCGCAAGCUAUACGUCGAGCAAUUGAACUUCAUGCCUGCGACGCUUGACGACCCCGCCAUGAUCUGCUUGCGAAGCACGCAGUAUCAGCGAACCUUCUCCACUCUGCAGCAUGUUUUUCGCGGGCUUUAUCCGUCAGAGUUCAUCAACGGACAUCAGGAAGAUGUCAAGGUCUUCGUGGCAGAUCCUCGAGAUGAAACACUCCUUCCCCCGGAGGAUUUCGACGAACGCUUUGCCGAAUUACUUCAAGAAUUCACCAGGCGAGCUGCCCUAAAGUGGAACUCUUCUCCAGAGAUGCAAUUUAUAAACAGGCAGAUAGGACACUGGAUGCCAAAUGGCAUUCCCGUCGCCGUAGAUUCCAAGCCUCUGAAGCUACAUGGGGUUCUGGACACGAUAACGGCUGUCUCGGCGACACCCAGACCCAGUGAUUACCUCCCUGCGGAGUUCCUCGACCCCAAAAUGCGAGUCAUCAUGGAGAAGAUCUGCGCAGAAGAAGAAUUCGCUGGAUAUGUCUACAGCGAAGAGUUCCGCAGUCUCGGUGUCGGCAGGAUACUGGGGGAGACCAUCCAACGCAUGUCAUCCGUGGCGGACCAGGUGGAGCAGGCAUCUGACAGAGUCAGAGGCCCACGCAUAUUGCUUUUUGCGUGCCACGAUUCCACGAUUGCCGGUAUCUUGGGUUCGUUGGGCGCGAUGAAGGACCCGAACUGGUUUUGGCCGCCGUACGCCGCUCAUAUCACGAUGGAGCUUUUUCGUCGUGUUGGAGAAGAUGCUGCACAAUGCGAAGCGAGCAUUGUGGACGGCUGCACCUGGUAUGUCCGCCUGAAGUACCAAAAUAAGGCCGUCACCUUGCCAUGUGGCUCCGGAGAGGGUAACGAUUUCCCCGAAUACAAAGAUAUAUGCACGCUUGCGGCUUUCAAAGAUGUGAUCGAAAAUUUUGCACCAAGUGGCUCUUCGUCUGUCAGUAACACGGAGGCUUCUAGGAAACAUUCGCGGAUCUAG